CCACCUAUUUAACAGGCCGAAGCCGACCUGUCUGCGUUCCUCACCACCACUUCCGCCGCGUAUUAUUCUCCUCCUCAUCCCUUCUAAACUGCGGCCAUGGAUCGAUGGUGCUUUUCUACUCCUCCCUCUCCUCCUCUUCCCCCUUCCUCGAUCUGAUUCCCUUUAACCCUAAGUUGAUCCGCUAUGGAACCGACCUUCGACGGCGAUGACGACGACCUCGAGGAAGCAGCCGGCGACCCGCCCGAGGACCUCAAGCCCUCCGAGAAGAAGGCCCUGAUUGAUCUCCGAGAAAUGCUGGAGGAAGUCAUCCUCAGCGGCGAUCUCAUCAAGCCCCCUCCCCCUCGGCACCACCACGAGGGCAGGCACCGAACCCGCGUCGCGACCGAGGGCAAGGAGGAGGAGCAGAGUAAGGAAGAGAAGGGGGAGGAGGAAGUGCUGGAUCCGGGAGGCGUCUCCCUCUGGGGCAUCCCGUUGCUUCCUAGCAAGAAGCACGAGGGCACCGACGUGAUCCUCCUCAAGUUCCUCCGGGCCCAAGAGUUCAAGGCCGCCGAGGCGCUGGAGAUGCUCCGGAGGACGCUGCGGUGGCGGCGGGAGUUCGGGCUCGACUGCGCGAAAGGUGUUUGCGAGAAUGACGAAGAGGCGGCGGCCCUGGCGGAGCACCUCAGGGGCGCGGCCUACAUCGCGGGGCGCGACCGGGAUGGGAACCCCGUGUGCUACAACGUCUACGGGGUAUUCAAGGACCGGGAGGUGUACCGCAGGGCUGUGGGCAGCGCCGAGCGGCGGCAGCGGCUCCUGAGGUGGAGAGUGCGGCUCAUGGAGCAGGGGAUCGAGCAGAUGAGCCUCCACUCCGGGGGCUCUGCCACACUUCUCCACAUCAUCGACUUCAAGGACAUGCUACGGCCGGGGUUGAAGGAGCUUCGCACCGCCACCAGGGAGGUCGUCGCUGUUCUCCAGGACAACUACCCCGAGUUCGUCGCAAAGAAUAUAUUCUUGAAUGUCUCCUUUCGCUACUAUGCUUAUCAUGCACUAUUCUCUCCUUUCAUUACACCCAGAACAAGGAGCAAGUUUAUAUUUGCCCGGUCCUCAAAAGUUACUGAAACACUUCUCAAGUUUAUAUCUGCAGAGAAUAUACCAGUGCAGUAUGGUGGCCUGAGAAGGGAGAAUGAUGAAGAAUUCUCAGAAGACAAUGGAAUAGCAUCCGAGAUUACACUUAAAGGUGGAACCUCCUCUAUAGAGAUCCCCAUAGUUGAGCCGGGGGUCACCGUCGUGUGGGACGUAACAGUUGUGGGAUGGGAAGUGGACUACAAGGAGGAGUUCAUCCCCGACGAUGAAGGCUCCUACAAAAUCUUGAUUCAAAAGGAAAGAAACCUUGAAGAAUGCGUUAGGAACUCUUUCUACAUCAGCGAACCAGGGAAGCUGGUGUUGACCAUCACAAAUAAAACUUACAAGAAGAAGAGAGUCCUUUAUAGGUCAAAGAGCAAGCCCACCAUCCCCUUGUAUACUCUACCAGAUCCUCUUCAUCCCACUGUCCAAUCACCUUCAGGUUCUCGGAGGACCUAGGAAUAUCUAUUUCGGUCAUUAAUUCGAGUAUUAUACUCUUUCAAGAUACUUGUACAUUGGCCUCUUUUUGUUUAACAUGUCCCAGUUUCCAUCACUAAUUGUCUCCAGUUGUUAAGCAGUUACAUGAAACAUAUUGUGCACAGCAUGCUCUGGAGUUUCUCAAGUUCACUCUGUUUCCACCAGGUUAUUGCAUCCAGGAUUGUUAAUAUGAAAUUUGAUUAAUGAAGAAAAUUGGAAGUUUAUUUUGCUUGA